UGCCUCCUUACUCAAGGCGGACACUGCGCUCUCUGCGUCACCGCGCGCACCGCACACUUCAUUCAUUUCAGCCAGUCGGUGCCCGGUGUUCGUCUGGUACUCCUGCGUAAAGGUCUCCUCCAUGCCAUUGAGGUGUUCAGAAGCGCAGUGAAGAUGGCCAUCCAUGUGGAAGGGCUGGUGGCGAUCGUCAUCUUCUACAUGCUGAUCCUCGGCGUGGGAAUAUGGGCCGCCUGGAAGAACAAGAACUCCGGCGUGGAGGAGGGGACGGACCGCAGUGAGACCAUCAUGGUCGGGGGAAGAGACAUCGGACUGUUUGUGGGAGCGUUUACCAUGACCGCUACAUGGGUGGGAGGUGGAUACAUUAACGGCACGGCUGAGUAUGUGUAUCUGCCCGGUUUCGGCUUGGCCUGGGCGCAGGCUCCCUUUGGAUACGCCAUGAGUCUCGUAGUGGGUGGUCUGUUCUUCGCCAAGCCCAUGCGCUCCCGUGGCUACGUCACCAUGUUGGACCCUUUCCAGCAGCUGUACGGAAAGCGCAUGGGCGGCCUGCUCUUCAUCCCCGCGCUCAUGGGGGAGAUCUUCUGGUCCGCCGCCAUCUUAUCAGCCCUCGGAGCAACGCUGAGCGUCAUCGUGGACAUUGAUAUUAACAUGUCAGUCAUCAUUUCUGCCCUCAUCGCCAUUUUCUACACACUGAUUGGCGGUGUUUACUCGGUGGCCUACACAGACGUGGUUCAGCUCUUCUGCAUCUUUGUGGGACUGUGGAUCAGUGUCCCAUUUGCGCUGUCGAACCCUGCUGUGUCUGAUAUCGGCCUGACUGCAGCGUACGAGCUCUACCAGGAGCCCUGGCUGGGUUCGAUCGAAAGCAGUGAUAAAUGGAUGUGGGCAGACAAUUUCUGCCUUCUGAUGUUGGGGGGAAUUCCCUGGCAGGUCUAUUUCCAGCGGGUUCUUUCUGCGUCUUCAGCUACCUACGCCCAAGUCCUUUCCUUUCUGGCUGCCUUCGGCUGCAUCAUUAUGGCCGUACCCUCUGUCCUGAUCGGCGCUAUCGGGGCCUCCACAGACUGGAAUCAGACGACCUAUGGGCCAAUCCCUCCUAUGAAGAAAGACGAGUCAGAAAUGAUUCUUCCAAUCGUGUUGCAGUACCUGUGCCCACCCUACAUCUCCUUCUUUGGGUUGGGGGCAGUGUCUGCUGCGGUGAUGUCAUCGGCUGACUCAUCCAUCCUUUCAGCCAGUUCCAUGUUCGCCAGGAACAUCUACCACCUGGCCUUCCGCCAGUCGGCAUCAGACAGAGAGAUAGUCUGGGUCAUGCGGAUCACAAUCUUUGUUUUUGGCGCUUUGGCGACGGCCAUGGCCCUCCUGACGGGUACAGUGUAUGGGCUCUGGUACCUAAGCUCAGACCUGGUCUACGUGAUCAUCUUCCCACAGCUCCUCAGCGUUCUGUUUGUGAGAGGCACCAACACCUAUGGCUCGGUGGCAGGCUAUGUCUUCGGCAUGAUCCUGCGCAUCGGCGGUGGUGAACCUUACCUCAAACUGCCCCCUUUUAUCUACUACCCAGGCUGGUACAUCAUGGAAAAGGUGCACCACAAAACGGGGGACGUGGAACAUCUGAUAAUGCAGAGGUUUCCUUUCAAGACGGUCUCCAUGCUGGCCUCCUUCCUGGGCAACGUGGCCGUCUCAUACUUGUUCAAGUACUUGUUUGAGAGCGGCAAACUGUCAGCCAAGUACGACUUCCUGGAUGCGGUAGUAGCUAAGCACAGUGCUGAGAUCAUGGACAGGACCACGCUGGUGAACAGGAAUGUUAUCGGGCUGAAUGAGAUGGCGCCGGUGAGGCCACGUCUCAGUGUCACUUUGGCCAGCACUUUCAGCAGGAAGGAAACUCUCACUGAAGAGGAUGAAGAGGACUCCAGCCCAGAGUCUCCUAGUCAUGAAAAUGAGUAAAGACCUUUUCAAUUAGGACAGCACCUCGUGAGACGAACAUCCUUGACGACAGAUGAAAACGUAUGUAUCGGAUUUUCCAUUGCUGCAGCAGGAUAAGCCAGAAUGGCAAGACAGGAGCAAUUGUGUGAGAAAAAUGUGACAUAUUGCAUCAUAUAUUACAUCAUUCCACUGGGAAGCAGGUGUGCUGAAGGUUCAGUACUCUUCAGUAUGGUAUGUAUAAACCCUGAACUCAUUUUGCUCUUCUGCUCUGAGGGAGAACCCUAGAUACUGUGACUACACCAUUCCCACUGAGGCAAUAUUUAUUUCUCUGAACCGUAUCCUAAGUCAGGACUUAUUUACAAAAACCUAAAUAAAAUUCACUGUGCAUUAGCAUACAGGUUUAAAGACUACGUACCAUGUUAUACACUAUAGCAUAGUUCCAGCUUAUCAUCUUGUAAUUCAUAUAUAUAUAUAUAUAUAUUUAAAAAAAAUAGUGUUAUUAGCUGUUAAUCUAGCAAAUUCUUUCAAUCCCUUUGAUGAUAUUAAAUAUAUGGCAUAACUAUGAGAUAAUUACACAUCCAGUAUAUUCCUAUUUUUGUGUAUAUUUGAGAACAGGAUGAGGAAACUCGAUGCUACAAUCGCCUUAACCAGCUGCGUCGUUCGAAUAGAAAUUUCUAAUGGUUCCCUGCUCUCCAUGUAGUGCACUAUAUAUCAACGCGGGUGCCAUUUCAAAUUCAGCUUGAUAUUAUGCAAACGUUUCGGCAGCCACUUUGUUAGGAAAGGAAGUCGCUGCUGCAGAAGACUCGUAAAGGAUAUGUGCUGUGAUAUUUUAUCUGCAAACUCAUAACCGCAACGUCUAGUCCGAGUGUUCAUUUGUCGUCUUUUUGCAAACAGAUUUGUGUGUGUGUGUGUGUGUGUGUGUGUGUGUGUGUGAUGUGUACAUAUAUUCUGUAUAUAUAUUAAUAUAUUUUAAAGAUGUACAAAUUCAUAAUUUUAUUUUAUAUUUUACUGUGUUGGUAGAGUUACUCAGUGUUCUAGGCCAAUAAAUCUAUAAUAUACACAUAUAUAUAUUUAUUUAUUUAUUUAUUUAUUUAUUUAUUUAUUCUGGCCUAUAUAUAUAUAUAUAUA